GGUCUCUCAACACACAACGUCUUCGACCGUCAGAGCAACCACAGCUCAAAGAACUCACAUUACACCAAGAAAUUCGAAAAGGAAAAAUAAAUACACACAAAAUGUCGUCGCUACAAAUGUCCGAGAUGUCCAAGACCUAUCAGUACCGCAAGGUGAUGAAGCCUAUGCUGGAGAGGAAACGUCGUGCCAGGAUCAACAAGUGCCUGGACGAGCUGAAGGAUUUAAUGGUUGCCACUUUGGAGUCUGAGGGCGAGCAUGUCACCCGAUUGGAAAAAGCCGAUAUCCUGGAGCUGACCGUCACACAUUUGCAAAAGAUGAAGCAACAGCGUCAGCACAAGCGCGCUUCCGGCGAUGAGAGCUUGACCCCGGCAGAGGGAUUCCGUUCCGGUUACAUUCAUGCCGUGAAUGAAGUCUCCCGUUCUCUGUCCCAACUGCCAGGCAUGAAUGUCAGCCUGGGCACUCAAUUGAUGACCCACUUGGGACAACGUCUUAACCAGAUCCAGCCAGCCGAAAAGGAGCCUUUGCCAGUGACCGCUCCACUCUCCGUGCAGAUUGCCAGUCGGGAUGCCUACUCCGUGCCCAUUUCUCCAGUCUCCAGCUACGCCGGCAGCCCCAACUCGAAUGCCAGUUCAGCCAGCCAUUCGCUUUUGACCACCAUCGAUGUUACCAAGAUGGAGGACGACAGCGAGGAUGAGGAGAACGUCUGGCGUCCCUGGUAGAAGGGAAUAACUUUUCCCACAUCAAUGAAAAGAACGAAGGAGAGAUCAUAGAAAGUAAAAGUCUUCCGAGUCAAUGGAAUUCCCCAUCCGACUCCCAACCUAGUUUUAAGUUAACACCGUACACACACAAAGCUUUAGAUGAGGACGCGCAGUUCAUGUGAUAACUAAAUAAAUAAUAAAUUAUAUAGAUAAAAUUGAAA